AUGCCAAGAAUCCUGAAUCGAGGGUCCUCACCGUCAGAAAUUGACGAGAUUCAGCUAUCGGAAGAGAUGGUGCACCAGCAUUUGGAGCACCUAGACGUUCGUAAGAUGGCUGGACCGGAUGAGAUUCAUCCAGCAAUCACCAAGCCUAUAGCAGACAUCCUUGCAGGGCCGGUGUAUAAGCUACGCAAAGCUUCAAUAGACCAGGGCGUUCUACCCUAG